AUGAAAUUCUACCCAACGCUUCCCACAUUGCCUCCUGUGGUUCAAAGACAGAGAACAACACAGAGUCAAGUGGAGAUUUUCCGAGAAGCUGACGCCUCUUCAUCUGAUUCAGUUGAAAGGAAUACAAGAGACGACAGCUUCAAUUUCCCAUCGCGAACUUCACUUCUCUUCAUUGCCUAUUCGCUCGGUUCAACAGCAUACAUUGUCUUUCUCCUUUUUGCCAUUCAACAGAAAUGGGAGUGCUUCACUAAAAUAAGCUUGCCACAUGGAAACGUUCAUCAGUCAGUGAACAUUACAUGUCCUUUGACUGUCCAAACGCCUCGAUCUCCCUGUCCAAAUGAGUGGAUUUAUGCGGAAACAGUUGCAAAUUGCUACAAGUUGAUCUAUAUGGUAAAUCUGAGCACCGGUGAGUCAAUGUGUAAAUCGUUGGGCGGCUCUCUGACAUCAAUUCAUUCGGCUGAAGAGAAUCGAAUUGUAAAUGAGAUCUCAAGGAUCGGUGACAAUGUUACAAAAGGAGUUUACUUUCCGUUAAUUGGCGGGAAAAGAAUAGGUCGUGGAGCACAAGACUGGAUGUGGCUAGACGGGACUCCGUGGGACUACACGAAUUGGGCGGCUGGAGAGCCGAACCAUGGGUGGAUCGAGUGGGGGAAUUACAUUGAGGACUGUCUGAUGAUCUAUUCGGAUCUCUACGAAUAUUGGGAGAUCCCAAAUCCACAGCAAGAGCUUCACAAAUGGAAUGAUGUUCCAUGCAGUGAAGUGCGACGAGUGGCCGUUUGCAAGCGAACACCGAUAUUG